AUAAAUAAAGCCUGAUGAGAAAGCAAAACAAGCUCAUACACACACAUACAUGUUCUUCUUCCCCAACCAUAAUGGCAACCAUAGCCCGAGACGAGUCCGACUAUGACAGCAGCUGUUCUUCCUUAACCGUGCCAGACUCCAGCCGGAGCUGGAUGAGCAACCUCAGCUUCGGCAGCCGCCGGAGCUCCAUCUCCUGCGACUCCUCCUCCUCCACCUAUUCUUCUCACUCUCACAAGCCACACAAGGCAAACCAAGCCGCCUGGGAAGCCAUGAGGCGGCUUCAGAGUGAGAAAGGCCGAGCCGGGCUCGACCACUUCCGGCUCCUCCGCCGCCUCGGCAGCGGUGAUAUCGGAAAUGUUUAUCUCUGUCAGAUUCGGAACCCGGUGGUGGGUCUUCCUCAGAGCUUGUAUGCUAUGAAGGUGGUGGAUAGAGAAGCUCUAGCUAUAAGAAAGAAGUUGCAGAGAGCUGAAAUGGAGAAGGAGAUUCUGGGUAUGCUUGAUCAUCCAUUUUUGCCUACUCUGUAUGCAGAGUUUGAUGCUUCUCAUUACUCUUGCUUGGUUAUGGAGUUUUGCUCCGGCGGUGACCUGCUCGCCGCUCGGCAACGACAGCCGACUAAACGCUUUAGCAUUUCUUCUGCCAAGUUUUACGCAGCAGAGACACUAUUAGCCCUAGAAUAUCUCCACAUGAUGGGCAUUGUCUACCGAGACCUAAAACCAGAAAAUGUGCUUGUUAGAGAAGAUGGUCACAUAAUGCUUACAGAUUUCGACCUAUCUCUCAAAUGCGAUGUCGUCCCAAAGCUCAUUAGGCGCAAACCCGACCCAACCCCGCCAUCUGAACCGAACGACAACAUUCAAAAAUGCUCAACACCUUCCUGUGCCAUACCUAUCCAACCCGUGCUCUCUUGCCUUUUAUCAUCCUCACUCAAGAAAAUCAAACCUAAUAAUCACACUUCAACAACAACAAUCACAGCACAAGCUGAUGCUGAAGACAACUAUGAUACAGAAAUGGUGGCGGAACCCAUCACCGCCCGCUCCAAGUCCUUCGUUGGGACCCACGAGUACCUGGCGCCGGAGGUGAUCUCAGGGCAAGGCCAUGGGAGUGCAGUGGACUGGUGGACUUUUGGGGUAUUCUUGUAUGAGCUCUUGUAUGGGAAAACACCCUUUAAAGGAGAGAACAACGAGAAGACUCUCAUUAACAUAUUGAAGCAGCCACUGAGUUUCCCAAGAAUAGGUGUUAGUAGCAGUAAAGAGUAUGAAGAGAUGGUGAGAGUUCAAGACCUGAUUAGCAGGCUUUUGGUGAAGAAUCCAAAGAAGAGGAUUGGGAGCUCAAAGGGUUCUGUGGAGAUCAAGAGGCAUGAGCUCUUCAAGGGUGUGAAUUGGGCUCUGAUUAGGUCAGUGAGGCCUCCUGAGGUUCCCAGUGAUCUGCAGAAGGUUAGGACUAGAGCUGUGGUGCCUAAGUUAAGCAAGAAAGAGAGAGAUGCACCAUAUCAGAUCCCUCAGCAUUUUGACUACUUUUAAGUGUAAAUAAAUAGUAGAUUAACUGGAAAGCAAAUAGUAUCAUGUUUGACACAACAAAGAAAAAUCUGUUUUCCUAUGUUUUUCCUUAGCUAAUGACAAAUAUUUGGAUAAUGUAUGACUAGUUUUGAUAUUAUUUAUGUCAGAUUACUACAUGCUUAUAUCUUA